CGGGGAAGGAAACUCAGUGAGCAGCAGCAGCAGCAGCAGAAGCAGCGACAACAACAGCAGCCGACGACGCCGACGCCGACGCCAUGUCGUCGUCAUUGCUGCAGAUCGCCGAUGACGAGAAAGGCUACGACCUGGACCUUUUCUGCGUGCCCAGACAUUACGAGAAGGAUUUGGACAGGGUGAUCAUUCCUCAUGGACUCAUCAUGGACAGGACGGAGCGCUUGGCCCGCGACAUCGUGCGCGACAUGGGGGGCCACCAUAUCGUCGCCCUUUGCGUGCUGAAGGGCGGCUACAAAUUCUUCGCAGACCUGCUGGACUACAUCAAGACGCUGAACCAGAACAGCGAUAAAUCGGUCCCGCUGACGGUGGAUUUCAUCCGAGUGAAGAGCUACCGUAACGACAAAUCCACCGACGACGUCAAAGUCACCGGAGGCGACGAGCUGUGCGGCCUCUCCGACAAGCACGUUUUGAUCGUCGAGGACAUGGUGGAGACGGGAAGGACGAUGCGGACGCUGCUCUCGCUGCUCGGUGAAAGCGGGCCCAAGAUGGUGAAAGUGGUGAGCCUCCUGGUGAAGAGGACACCCAGGAGUUCUGGGUAUAGACCAGAUUAUAUUGGAUUUGAGGUUCCCGACGCCUUCCUGGUGGGUUACGCUUUGGACUACAACGAGUACUUCAGAGAUCUCAGUCACAUCUGCGUCCUGAACGACGAAGCCAAGGAGAAGUACAAAGUGUGACGCCGCGACGACGUCUGGGACCGGCUGCGGUGUCCCUCCUUCCUUCUCUCUCCUUUAUUUUGAUACACAAGAGUCCGCAAAAUGUGCAAAUAACAUUUCCUACAUUGAAUAAUGGCUAUUUUGGUUGUCUGGUUUAUUUAUUUAUUGAUGUUGCAGGCUUUACGUGUACAUUUAGAUGCAUCUUAUUGUAAGGAAAGACGAUGUCACUCUUUUGCUGACUCUGGCUUUUCAGCGAGUGGAACGUAGCCUUUUGGUUCGCACGUAUACUGUUGCUCUGUAUUUGGUCAUUGUGUACUUGUAUAGUCCCACAUAAUGCCAAGGGGACUGACUUAACAGUCGACGUAUUGUAAAUGUCCUUUUCAUCGUCGUCACCAAGGAGCUGCAAUACAAUUCAGUUGAAAGCACAAAACAAUCGUGUGUUCUUUAUGCUGCACGCGAGACCCUUUCCCAGCAGGGGGCGUUAUAAUGACACUAGUUUAAUAAAAAAAAAAUAAUAAUAAUACAAUCUAUGUAGACGCCUGUAAAAUAUUGAAGCCUGUUUGUUUCGGUUUAAAAAAAAGGAAUCCUGUCAGAAACCCGGCAAUUCCCACACUACUAACCUUCACAAAGCUGACUUUUGGAUUCCUGCGGCGCGCCACAUCAGCUCCGCCAGGGCCGGGACUGAUUCCGAAUGCAAACAGCUUCCGGGUAUUUCUUUGUUACCAGUCAAUAACACGACUAUUAACAAAGGAAUGGAUAUAAAAAGUCAACAAACCGCUGUUCAAAUGACAGGUGGGAGCAUAUGUACAAUUCUCCCAAGGGCUCCAAUAAAUGCUCGUUACAUUUCAAAACACUGUGGAGAGGGUAAUUUGCUUUUAAAUAUUGAUGAAUGACGAAAAAUAAAGAGCUGCAGCAAAAAAGGAACUUUUUGGGUUCAGGAGAAAAGGGCAGGUGCUUGCGCACCACCGAGUGUGUGCACGUACCUGUGAGACUUACUACUUACUAGUUUCCGGCUGUAAAAAAAAAAAAAAAAAAACCCAAACCUAGUAAGAGUACGAAAGGUUUCUGCCCCAUUGACCCGUUUUUUGAAUACUUGAACUCUUCCCAUUAUUUCCACAAACAGAAACAGACUUUCAAUAGGUUUCUGACUUGUAAUAGGCCUACAUAAAGGAUCAUGAAUACAUGAAACAAAAUACGAAAUGUGACAAACCCCUUUGCCAGAAUAAGUUUCUCAAUUAUUAUUAUAGGAAACGGGUAGACUUGGAGUUGUCUAAUGUUAACAAUUACAAGUGCAGUACAGUCCCAACGGUCCUCCAAUCUUAGGUGGCGCUGUGGGGACCGCUCGUCGGUCACACCGCUUGUCAUUCGACGCUCCGUUCAUCACCUUCACCUUCACCGUUGACCCCGACGUUUAGCAUUGUAGCACUGCACAAAUGUUUGCUUCGUUGACAACUCGAAAUGAAUUAACUCGAGUAGUAAUGACGUCGCUCAAAACGAACGGACAAGUUGACUGUGGCGAAUAGUAGUUCGUUGGCCGUCGUGACUUUUGGUC